AGAGCAAUCACCACCAAGCCUGAAAUAACUGCAAGGGCUCUGCUGACGUCUUCCUGAGGUGCCAAAGAAACGAGGAUGGAGGAAGGAAUGAAUGUUCUCCAUGACUUUGGGAUCCAGUCAACACACUACCUCCAGGUGAAUUACCAAGACUCCCAGGACUGGUUCAUCUUGGUGUCCGUGAUUGCAGACCUCAGGAAUGCCUUCUACGUCCUCUUCCCCAUCUGGUUCCAUCUUCAGGAAGCUGUGGGCAUUAAACUCCUCUGGGUAGCUGUGAUUGGAGACUGGCUCAACCUCGUCUUUAAGUGGAUUCUCUUUGGACAGCGUCCAUACUGGUGGGUUUUGGACACCAACUACUAUGGCAACACUUCUGUGCCCCUGAUAAAGCAGUUCCCUGUCACCUGUGAGACUGGACCAGGGAGCCCCUCUGGCCAUGCCAUGGGUACAGCAGGUGUAUACUACGUGAUGGUCACAUCUACUCUUUCCAUCUUUCGGGGAAAGAAAAAGCCAACCUACAGAUUUCGGUGCUUGAAUGUCAUUUUGUGGUUGGGAUUCUGGGCUGUGCAGCUGAACGUCUGUCUGUCACGAAUCUACCUUGCUGCUCAUUUUCCUCAUCAAGUUGUUGCCGGAGUCCUGUCAGGCAUUGCUGUUGCAGAAACUUUCAGCCACAUCCACAGCAUCUAUAAUGCCAGUCUCAAGAAAUAUUUUCUCAUUACCUUCUUCCUGUUCAGCUUCGCCAUCGGAUUUUAUCUGCUGCUCAAGGGACUGGGUGUAGACCUCCUAUGGACUCUGGAGAAAGCCCAGAGGUGGUGCGAGCGGCCAGAAUGGGUCCACAUUGACACCACGCCCUUUGCCAGCCUCCUCAAGAACCUGGGCACCCUCUUUGGCCUGGGGCUGGCUCUCAACUCCAGCAUGUACAGGGAAAGCUGCAAGGGGAAACUCGGCAAGUGGCUCCCAUUCCGCCUCAGCUCUAUUGUAGCCUCCCUCGUCCUCCUGCACCUCUUUGACUCCUUGAAACCCCCGUCCCAAGUCGAGCUGGUCUUCUACGUCUUGUCCUUCUGCAAGAGUGCGGUAGUGCCCCUGGCAUCCGUCAGUGUCAUCCCCUACUGCCUCGCCCAGGUCCUGGGCCAGCCACACAAGAAGUCGUUGUAA